AGACAUCACCAGUGUGGUGCUCUGCCCUUGUUCAGCUGUGUGCGUGUCCCCUUUGUGUGCUGCCCUGGCUCUGCAGACCCCGACACAGCAGACCCCAAGAGAACCCCUAAUGACCUCUGAUAAGGUCCGAAGGCACCUGGACAGGUUGAUUGUCAAAUGACGCACAGGAAUAGUUCCCCACAGACUCUACAGGACAUACUACGAAGAUGUGCCCCUGACAACGGACUGGCUCAGUCAGUGGCGGGACUCUCCACUGCCUCUUAGGCCGGACAAAGACACCGCCCCAAGGGUGAAUUCUUAUACACAGGACCAGCCUGUGUCUGAAUUCUCGGUGAUAACAUCGUGUGACGUGGCAGGAUUCCAGCCAGAGUGUUUCUGCUUUUCUCUGGCUUCUUGGCUCACUUGCUGUGAACACAACAGAAAGGGGGAAUUGGCCCAGCUGGGGUGUGUGUGAAUCCUUCAGCCCACUGCCCGCUGGAGGAGCUGGAAGAAGCAGGGGCGUUUCACUGCAGGCUGCCCCCCAAACCAGCCAUGGCUGUCACGAAUCCAGCACAACUGCUCCUAGGUGAAGUGACUUGUUCGGUGUUUCUAGAUUAUUUUAAAGAUCCAGUGUCUCUAGAUUGUGGGCACCAUUUCUGCCAGGCCUGCAUCACUCAGUACUGGGAGGCAUUGAGUACAAACUUCCCCUAUCCUGAGUGUAGAGAAACCUUCUCCCAGAGAAACUUCAAACCAAACAGGCAGCUGAGGAAUAUUGUAGAAGCUUCCAGAAAACUUACACUGGAGCCCACAAAAGAACCAGAAGUUGGGACAGUGUGUGAAAAACACAAGGAGGAUUUAAUAGUCUUCUGCCAAGAGGAUCAAACACCCAUUUGUUUGGUUUGCCCUAUGUCCCGAGAUCACAGAGAACACACUGUGGUUCCCAUAGAAGAGGCUGCCGAGGAUUACAAGGACCAAAUUCGGAGUCGUUUGAAGAUUUUGAAGAAAGAGAGAGACGCGAUUCUGUCAUUUAAAUUGAGUGGGGAAAAUAAAAGCCAUGAAGUGCUGAAACAGCUAGAAACUGAGAAGCAGAAGAUUGUGUCUGAAUUUCAGCAACUGCGUCUGUUUCUGGAGAAACAAGAGCGACUCCGGCUGGCUCAGUUGGAAGAGCUGAAUAAGGAAAUUGAAAAGAGGGGGGCUGAGUAUGUUGCCAAACUAUCUGAGGAAAUAACUUCUUUCAGUUCCCUGAUCAGUGAGAUGGAGCAGAAGUGCCAGGAGCCAGCGAGUAAAUUCUUGCAGGACAUCAAAGGCACCUUGAGCAGAUGCGAGAGGGAGAAGUUUCAGAACCCAGUGGCCUUUUCUUCUGAACUGAAAUCGAGAAUCUGGGAAUCUUCUCAAAGAAAUGCAUCUCUGGAGCCCAUAAUGAAGAAAUUCACAGACUCUCUGUCGUCUGGACAGCACUUGAACAAAGCAAACGUGACCCUGGAUCCAGACACGGCCAAUCACCGACUCACCGUGUCUGCGGAUCGGAGAAGUGUGAGAUGGGGGGAGACAAAGAAGGAUCUGCCCGAGAACCCUGAGAGAUUUGACGCUGAUUUCUGUGUGAUGGGCUGUGAGGGAUUCACUUUGGGUAGACAUACCUGGGAGGUGGAGGUGGAGGGGUGGGGAUUCUGUUUUGUGGGGGUGGCCCGAGAGUCUGUGAGCAGGAAGGGAGAGAUCAGCUUUAACCCUGAGCAGGGGAUCUGGGCUGUGUCGUGCAGUGAGGAUCAGUACUGGGCUCUCACGUCCCCUGAGCAGCGCAUCCCCUUGUCCCCGAGCCGGGCACCCCCCAGGAUCCAGGUUCAUCUGGACUAUGAACGGGGGAAGGUGGCCUUUUUCGAUGCUGGUACCGGGGACCCGAUAUUCACUUUCCCGCCGGCCUCUUUCGCCGGGGAGAGAAUCCGCCCGUUCUUCUGUGUUAUUGGUGUUAGUAUGCGGCUCACCCUGUGUCCCUGAGGUGCCCUGUCUGUUCCCCUGAAUCAGGCUCCUCUAGCCCCCACCCCCCUGAUCUCUAUGACCUGGAGGACUCAGCCAGUCUCCCUCCCCCCCCACCCACCGCACAGACAGUGCUGAGGUGGGGUGAAGCUCUGCCCGUAUCUCUGGCUGUGGAGGUCUCUGUGAGGUGCUGUAGACUGGGUCUCUAUGCUCCUAGGAGGACAACUCUGUGUGGAGUGGGGGGGGUCCCACCAAGGAAGGAGGGAGCCCCCCUAUGGGAGAGGGACGCAGCCGAGGGCCAAGGAGAGACCCCUCAAAUGGGGGAGAGCAGGGGGGAUGCCUGGC